CGACGUUUGCAACCUUUCAGUGUGAUGAGCCCUCAACACAGUCGAGGUCAAUAACUUGUCUGUGGCAGAAGCAGCUACAGACACCGCACGGACUAUAAGGCAUUGCACAGAUAUGUCAUUUCAAUUGCAAGUUUAAUCUAUGCGCUGACUACGUUCUUGCCAGGAACGAACGACACGCGUCGACUGGACAUUUGCACUGGAAUUCCACCGUGCCGUGUGUAUCAGCGGCACCACUACUGUACAAGUUGCGCCAUGCACAUGAUCCGGGUUCAUCGUUCACUUGCUACCGACGACGAACCACACGAGUCGACUAGACGUUUGUAUUGGCGUCCCAAGCUGCCGCCAUGUGUUCCGACGGCACCACGUUGAGGCGUGCCAGUCGAGGUCCCGGAUUAACGUUCGAGCACACGCUGUUUGUUUCUGUUGCACUUGUGGCACCACAGGGUGCGCUCGGUGACGAGGGUGCUCAUUGGGGCUGUGGUUCCAUGACACGCUUUCAUUGGCUAGGGCUUACAGUUAACGAGGGCGAAGAAGCUCCAAGAGACACGUUGCCUCGGUUCGCUUCUCGGUACGGGCGACGGCACACCGUGUGCGUCGUUGUGACUGAGUUGCGGCUGAACGCGCUUGGAGUACAAGUUGCCAAUGUAAUUCCAGCGGCGCUCACGAAGGAAGGUGUCGAAGGCGUGAUAAGGCAUUGGCUACCGGUACCGGUGUUGGGUCGAAUGCAAGUUCAAUUUUGAGCCACUUGGGUUCGACUAAAGCCAAAAUGCAGUGCGACGAUGUGUUUCGGUUGUUGGCUUCCGACGACGUUUUGAACGCAUUCUUGUUGGCCUGCGACGAUAUGUUGCAUCGAUUCAAAACACCGUCGCAAGACAACAAGAAUUACAACGUACGACUGCUUGGUAAGCACAUGCGUUGAAAUUCU